AUGAAGGUGGAUUCCUCUCACAUCAAAUUGGAUAACAGUGGAAACGGCCCGCUGAAAGUCCCUGGUUUCAAUGGCGUACCGGUUUUCUAUGAACACUCCAAGGCCAAUCGCUUUGCGCAUGGAAUUGCCGACUGGCAGCAAAUUCCUCAAUUGUUCGUGAAUGAGGUGACCAUGUUGCAAUUCAUGUCAUUCGUUACCGAUCAACCAGAUUGGGAGAACAAGAUGACUGAUCCUCAGACAUUAGAGGAUUGGCGCAAGCAUGCAUUUGCUGUCUUCGAUUUCAGCGAACACUCGUGGAAGUGGUGUGUUCAGGAGCUGCAGGAUAAGGCAAUGGAUUUCAGACGCACUGGCCGUGUCGCCGCGUUUGACGUCGGUUCACGAGUUGUCAAAACCCGGGUACCGACAGACUUGCUCAGAGAGAUGAAUGAUGCGUUAGCGCCGCUUUUUGCCAAAGAACCCUCGUCCGCUGCUUCGGGUGACCUUACUUAUACGGCUCGCAGGGAGAGCCCCGUUCGGCACGUGGUUGACCCUUCCAUGCACCCGCUCGUUUUUGGGCAUACUCGAGUGCUUGAUCAAGGGGGCCAGAUUGAUUUCCAAAGGCCCGAGACCUGGAAUUCCUCCAACACGGGGAUUGCUCCAAUUCCCGAGCGGCCACGGGACCGGUGUCAACGUGAGGAGUCUGAGAUGCAUGCGGAUGAACGGCGCGAAGAUGCUUGGCGGGACGAUGGGCGCGGACAUAGUAAACCUGAAUUGUGGUCCAAUGCCUUCCAAUGCCUCCCGUGUGAUGUUGUUUUUGACGGCAAUGGAGCACCAAAGAUAACUUCCUACGUGAACGGUGUGCAUCCAGCGGAGAAGAGGAUGUAUUCUGUGUUCGAGGAUCUGAUCUCGACCGCUCUUGAACCGUGGAACGAAAUGCUCAUACGAGACGGUAAAGAUCGCACACCGCGACGAAUCAGAACCUACAACUUUCAGGUGGACGGCACUGAGAGGACACCUCAGCUGUGUUACGAAAUCGAGCGACUUGAUCGAGUUUCACGCGAUCUAAAGAGUCAGCUCUGGCCGGAGUUGAAGACUCGAAUUCGAGAGUAUUUGUCUCUCCCCGAGCCAGAAAGACGGUACCGUGUCUACCGAGAUUCUGGCCAUCACGAGCUUCUCCCUGCUGAACAGUCCCCUGUUUGGAAUGAUACCAGAAAGCUUUCGGAUCUUGUUAGGCAAAAGCUCCAUCGCCUAUAUGCUGUUAGAGGUGUCGAGCCGGGCAUUUCCUUCACAUACAAUGAAUGGAAGACUGGCCACAACACCGGGCGGCCGAUCAUGCACAAGUUUAUUUGGCCUGGCUCGAAGGAGGAGCCUGCACCUCCUGAUCCGGACCACGAAUACUACACUGUGUCUCUCCAAGAUCAAUUUGCAGGCCUGCAAGUGAUUAUGCGGGUCUCUGCUGUUGAGCUUACCCCCGAAACGCCCUUCUACGCGGGUGACGCACAUCCCAGACCCGUGGGUAAUCUCAACGAGCAUAUUGUUUCGACAGCUGUCUGCUACUUUGAUAUGCACAAUAUCCAGGAAUCCCAACUGUCUUUCGAACAAGAGAGCAUGGUUGAUGUAGAUGAUUUUGACAUUGACCAAUGGAAGGCCAUCAAUAGCGUUCAUGGUAUCCGCACCCCUCACGACACACUACAUGACUUUCCAGAUGCGUUGCAGACUCUGGGAAGCAUCUUGAUCCCUCGUAAGGGCCAGUUGGUCGCUUGGCCUAAUGUCAUGAGGUACAAGGCUGAACCACUGAAGCUGGCAGACCCCAAGCAGCCCGGUCGUCUUCGAUUUGUGACUUUAUGGUUGGUUGAUCCGCACUAUCGAAUAUGUUCCACCAAAAAUGUGCCUCCCCAGAACCCUGACUGGAUCGGUCCAUCUCGUGUGAUGCCGGACGAGCAUUCAUCCAAUGCCAUGAGUGCCGAUCAAGCGGAAAGGUAUCGUAGGCAAAUGAAGGAGGAUAGAGACACCAAAACAAAGACAAUUGUGGAGUCUUUAUGCUUGUGCUACAACCAUAUGUGGGAUCUCUGGGGAUGCGGAGAGGGGAGUAAUUACCACUGA